CUCUCUCUCUCUCUCAUGCUCUUCCUCUCUACCUAUAUCUCGCUCUCUCUUUCUCUCUCGUGCUCUCCCUCUGUCUGUCCUUGUAUUAUCCUGAACCUCUCUUACCUCUCCUGUGGUUGCCAGGGUUACCUGUCCAUGCUACACCUGAAGGCUGUGGCGUACUUCAGUCUGGACCAGGCGGUUAUGGGUGAUGAUAACCUGUCGGCCUACACAAGUCCUCUACUGCUCGAUCUAAUAGAAUCAGCCAUUAAACAGGUGGAGCAUCCUAAACACACAGGCCAGACCAUCUACAGCCAGGCAGAGAAAGACGGAGGCAGCUGGAAGAUCAUUAAGCCGUUGUACCUGAACAGCGGGGCGUAUAGUUUCACAGCCUUUGGAGGAGUUCCUGCCAUGGAGCUACGCUUCAACGAGGACUCCCGCCCCUACCCAUUUGUCAACACCCCAUUGGACACCCUCGGGCGACUCCAGGAAGUCCUGGGGGGUCGUCUGGGGGUCGUAGGGCGGAGCCUAGGAGAGCUGAUUGGUCUGAUGGUGCUGCGAUUGGCUCACGACCACAUCCUGCCUCUACGCAUCACUACCUACUCCCAUACUGCACUGCAGUUCAGCGCCCAGCUCAACAAGCACUCUGCUGAGCUACAGGCUCGAGGUCUCUCUCCUCAGUGGGUGUUCAGUGCUAGAGGAGACUACAGCAGAGCAGCUGAGACCAUGCAGGAGGCCAUACUGAACUCUGAUGUACAGGAUGAGACCAUGACACGGAUCUACAACACACGCAUAAUGAGGGUAGAGUAUUACUUCCUGUCCCAGUACGUGUCGGUGGUUGAGACGCCGUUCCGUCACGUUGUGCACGGUCGCGGGGAACACACUCUGAGUGCUCUCACCGAACACCUUUCCCUACUGACCUCCGACCCCAGGCGCUUCAACGAGGCCCUUUUCCGACGGCAACUCGCCCUGUUCACCUGGACGCUGCAGGGAGCCGCCAACGCCCUGAGCGGAGACAUUUGGAAUAUAGACAAUGUCUUCUAACAUAGACACGUGUAGAGAUGCACACACACACUACACACUAUACACACACACUACACACUAUACACACGCACACACACACACACACACACACACACACACACACACACACACACACACACACACACACACACACACACACACACACACACACACAAACACACACACAGCCGCCAACGCUCUGAGCGGAGACAUUUGGAACAUAGACAAUGUCUUCUAACAUAGACGCAUGUAG